AUGGGUGACGCAGAACCCAAGGCUCACGACGCUGAUCGUGCAUCUCUACCGAGCGCUUUUUCCUCCUCCACGGGAGAUACAAAGACCGCCAUGCUUGGCAGUCUUGUCGCACGCUGGAAAUCCACGCCGUCGCAUCCGCAAGCUCAUUAUGUGCUUUCCGUUCAAGUCGAUACAUUUGCAUGUAGUCCCCCUCUUCCAAUGCUUACUGGUGAGGAUUAA